GCCGAGCAAAUGAACAACCCAUCAAUUUUCCAAAUCUCUUACCAUUCAAUCUUAAGCAAUUAAGGCUUGCUCUAUGGCACAGAACCAAGCAAGCAAUGCUUCCACUCAGGUUGUUUCUCCAGAAACCUUGGAAAGAGUCAGAGAGAUAAUCUCAACCCUUCCAUCUGACAAUUGCUGGAAACACGUCCAACCCUUCUGCCUAUACCAAGGCUUUUGGUGCUACCCUUUUUUACUAGAAGGUGUCAUUUUAGCUCAAGAGUUCUUCAAGGCAGAACCAAGUGAUAUCUUUCUCUGCACCCCUCCAAAACAUGGCACCACUUGGAUCAAGGCCCUAACCAUUGCCAUUGUGACUCGAACCCGUUUUGACCGUUCCAUGAGUCCCCUGCUCUCCAACUUACCUCACGACAUUCUACAUCAUCUGGAGGAAGACUUUGGUAAGAAGCCGGAUGUACGCGUACCGGGGCUCCCUCUCAUCCCCACUCACAUACCGUAUGAUUCCUUGCCAAAGUCUGUCAAAGAUUCCGAUUGCAAGAUUGUUUAUGUUCGUAGAGAAAUAAAGGAUGCUUUUACUUCGGAGUACAACUUCUCAAUCAGUUUGAGCUCAAAGGAUCGCGGUGAAUGUCAUGACUAUGAUGAACCUAGCGAGUCCAUGCCUUUGGAGGAGGCAUUCGAGUUGUUCUGUGAAGGAAAGUCUCUAUAUGGACCUUGUUGGGACCAUAUUCUAGGAUACUGGAAGGCAAGUUUAGAACGACCAGGGAGAGUGUUGUUUUUAAAAUAUGAAGAUCUGAAGAAAGACACUGCCUUUUAUGUGAAGAAAUUGGCAGAAUUCAUGGGAUACCCUUUUUCAAUGGAGGAAGAACAAGAGGGAGUAGUGCAGAAAAUUGUAGACUUGUGCAGUUUUGAGAAUUUGAGCAGCCUGGAGGUGAACAAGACUGGAACAUUUCAUCGCCAAGGUCUGCUCAGGUUCCCAAACAAAUCCUUUUUCCGGAAAGGGGAGGUAGGGGAUUGGAAGAAUCAUCUUACACCUGAGAUGGCGGAACGUCUUGACAAAAUAAUGAAGGACAAACUAAUUGGCUCUGGAUUAUCUUUCAGUGCCUGAUCAGCAUAUAACAUGGCCAAAUUUGACUUCAGUGUGUUGAGCGAUAUGUAAUCAUUAUGAAUAAGAACCGUUAUCUUAUUUUCAGUUUUAAUAUUUUUCUAAUUUUAGUUGCAUAAUGAAAAGUAAUCAUUUCU